UUUUAAACAUAAAGUUACAAUUUUGAGUACAGAACUUUGUCACAUUUCUACUUCCUGACCAUUUUAUCCAUGCUGGCAUAUAUGAGGUGUGGGGAUGUGUAUUGUUAAUUUCCUAGGUACAUGAGUGUUUUGCUUCCAUGGAUAUGUUUUCAUCACUUUGGUGUUUGGUGCCCAGAGAAGACAAAGACUGUAUUGCAUGCCCAGUAAGAUGACUUAGAAGGAAUGCUGGUUAGAUCUGGUCAGCUUAACACAAGCUAGAGUCAGACUGGUUUGUGGGCAAAUGUAUAGGGUAUUUUCUUGGUUAAUGAGUGAUGUAAUAGUGCUCAUCCCAGUGUGCUUGGUGCCACCCUGGACAGGUGGUCUUGAGUUGAAUAAGAAAGUAAUUCUAGGAAGCCAGGAGAUUAGGGCGGUGUGUUAGUCAAAAUUCUGUUGCUGUAAGAGACACCAUGACCAUGGCAGCUCUUCCAAAGGAAAUCAUUUGGUUAGAGCUGGCUUACAGUUUCAGAGGUUCAGUCUGCACAGUGCUGGAGAGGAAGCUGAGAGUUUUAAAUCUAGAUCGGCAGACCUGAAUUAAGCAUUGAAACUCCAAAUCCCACCCCCAGUGACACACAUCCUCCAAAAAGGCUAACGGUCCUAGUCCCUCUCAAGUAGCACCACUCCCUAGUAACCAAGCAUUCAAAUCUUUGAGUGUAGUGGGCCAAGGUGGAGCACAUCUGUAAUCCUGGCAUUCUGGGAGGCAGAGGCAGGUGGAUCUCUGUGAGUCGAGUACAGCUUGGUCUACGAGUCCAGGACAGCCAGGCUCCACAGAGAAACCCUGUCUCAAAAAACCAAAAGGAAACCAAACCAACAAAAACCAUUUUAGUGUGUGGGCACCAUUUUAAUUCAGAGGAGCACAGGCAGUCAGCAGCAUUUCCCAGGUCGACAGCAUGUGGAAUGCCUAAAUCUCCAGUGUAUAAUUACAUUAAGUUAGCAAAAUCUGCUAGCCAGAGCUUGUUAUUAUAAAGAGCUUUUAAUUUACUAAUCUCUAAGUGUGGUGUUAUUUCACAUUCCAGACCAGCUUUCCUCCAAGGCUUUCAGAAAACUUUUUUUUUUUUUUUUAAUACGAAAAGGUCUCUUAUGUUGACUCAGGUUGCCUUCAUCCCACUGUGUAGCCACACAGGCUUUGCUGCCAUUCUUCGUCAACCUCCUCAGUUCUUGGAUUAAAGAUUUGUAGCACCACACAGUUUUAAGAAUAGCCAUUUGAGUCACGGAGUGCACUGUCCAUAUCAGUAAUGGGAAAAGGAUUUGUGUGUGGAGCAUGGCUUCUUUCUUGAAAGCAGAAUAGAAGGAAUAGUUUACUGUGAACACUGUAGGGGGAACAGGCUGUUUAAGUCAGUGAGCUGCAGGGGACUCCAUUAUAUAUCUUCUGAUGUGGCAGGAUGCAGUGACCUAUGAGGAUGUGCAUGUGAACUUCACUCAUGAAGAGUGGGCUUUGCUGGAUCUUUCCCAGAAGAAUCUCUACAAAGAUGUGAUGCUGGAAACCUACUGGAACCUGACUGCUAUAGGCUACAAAUUGGAAGUCCACAAUACUGAAGAACACGGUCAAAGUUCUAGAAGACAUGGAAGGUAUAGUAUCAGUCAUUCUGGAUACAAGCCUUGUGAGCAUAAGGGAUGUGGAAAGAAGCAAUGUAUCUUUACACAUAAUAGUUUUCUUCAAAUAUGUGAAGGAAUCUGUACCGAAGAGAAACCUUCUGAAUGUAAUCAACCCAGAAAAGCCUCGGUAAAUUUUUGUACUCUUCAAAAACAUGAAAAAAAUCAUACUAGUGAAAAACCCUAUGAAUGUAAUCAAUGUGGUAAAGCCUUUGCAAGUCGCAGAUAUCUUCCAAUACAUGAAAGAACUCAUACGGGAGAGAAACCCUAUGUUUGCAAUGAAUGUGGUAAAGUCUUUGCAUGUCGCAAUUCACUUCAAAAACACAGAAAAACUCAUACGGGAGAGAAACCCUAUGAUUGCCAUGACUGUGGGAAAGCAUUUGCACGUCGCAGUCACCUUCAAAUACACAAAAGAAUUCAUACAGGAGAGAAGCCCUAUGAUUGCAAGGAAUGUGGUAAAGCAUUUUCAACUCGCCAUCAUCUUCAGGUGCAUAAAAUAAUUCAUACAGGAGAGAAACCCUAUGUAUGUAAUCAAUGUGGUAAAGCCUUUGCAUUUCAGAGUGGUCUUGAAGCACACGAAAAAACGCAUACUGGAAAGAAGCCCUAUGAGUGUACUCAAUGUGGUAACACCUAUGGAAGUCGUAGUAGUCUUCGAAAUCAUGAAAAACAUCACACUGGAGAGAAACCAUAUGUAUGUAAUCAAUGUGGUAAAGCCUUUACAAGUCAGAGUAUUCUGCGCAGGCAUGAAAUAAUUCACACUGGAGAGAAACCCCAUGCAUGUAAUCAAUGUGGUAAAGCCUUUGCAUGUCGCAGUAGUCUUCAAGUACAUGAAAGAACUCACACUGGAGAGAAACCCUAUGAGUGUAAUCAGUGUGGUAAAGCCUUUGCAAGUCGUGCUAGUCUUCAAACUCAUGAAAAACAUCACACAGGAGAGAAACCCUAUGAAUGUAAUCAGUGUGGCAAAACCUUUGCAAGUCAUGCUAGUCUUCAAAAUCAUGAAAAGCAUCAUACUGGAGAGAAGCCGUAUGGAUGCAAUCAGUGUGAUAAAGCCUUUGCCUUAAAGUGUGAUCUUCAAAUACAUGAAAGAAGUCAUAGUGGAGAGAAACCCUAUGGAUGUAGUCAAUGUGGGAAAGCCUUUGCAAGUCGCAGAUAUCUCCAAAAACAUAAAAGAAGUCACACUGGAGAGAAACCGUAUGAGUGUUCUCAGUGUGGGAAAGCCUUUUCAUGUCGCAGUAAUCUUUAUAUACAUGAAAGAAGUCACACUGGAGAAAAACCAUAUGAAUGUACUCAAUGUGGUAAAGCCUUUGCAUGUCGCAGUUAUCUUCAUAUACACGAAAGAAGUCACACUGGAGAGAAACCGUAUGAAUGUACUCAAUGUGGUAAAGCCUUUUCAUGUCUCAGUAAUCUUUAUACACACAAAAGAAGGCAUACUGGAGAGAAAUCAUUUGACUGUACUGAAUGUGGUAAAGCCUUUGCAUAUCCCAUUAGUCUUCAUAAUCACAAAAAAUGUCAUGUUGGAGAGAAACUCUAUGGAUGUAAUUGAGGCAGUAAAGCUUUGUUAUGUUACUAUAAUAUUCAAGCACUUCAGAAAAACCCAUACCAGUGAGAAACCCUACAAAUGUAAUCUAUGUGAUAAUGCCUCUGCAUGUUACAGUCUUCUUCAGAGGCAUGAAAGAGUUCAUACUGGAGAGAAAUACUGUGAUUCUAAUAAAUGCAGUCAACCUUUGCACUCCAAGCACAUUUUCCCCACUAAUGCAUAUUGCUGUUGCUCAUGUGAGACCAUUAGAACCCUCUUGGUUGGUCUAUUUAAAGUUGCUAGGCCAUGCAUAGCCAUCCUUAUCAUCUGUAGAUCAGCAUUCCUUACCCAGUGUUUUCUUCUUUUUCACUUAGUGCCUAAGCUGUGGUCUCUUUGAUUCUGAGUAUUUGUUUGUUUUAAAAGCAAUUCACAUUGUUUUUCUGACCUGUCCUGCAGGUCAGUCGAAUGAGACCCUAAGAGAGGGGGUGAGAAUGGGGUGGGACAAGAGACGUGAAGAAUGGAGACAAGACAAUUCUGAUCAAGUCUCCAUUUAUUGUUCUUUAGGUUACAGCUUAUAAGGAGUAAGAAUGGGCAAUUUGUGGGGGAGGAACAGGUUUCAGUGAAAAUCACAGAGAGGUCAUUCUAAAGGAAGUUCUCAAAGCAGGAGGAAAGUCCUCAUAUUAUACCUUCCAAAUCUAAAUGGUUGAGCAAACCAUUUAGGAAACAAAGAAUACCUACAGUCCAGGGGUGUAAAAUCACCAUGCCAUGCUAGCCACAAUGUGCCUCCUGGAUUUCAAGCAGGCAAGAGUCAAACAGCCAGUUUAUGGCCCCACACAUUUUUCUAAGUGGCAUUGAAAUCUGCUGAUAUAUGUCUUUGAACAGUGCUGGCUCAGUCGAGCUGAGGGUAGGUUGGCCAGUCCAGCUGGAUGUCCUCUGUGGCUGAGCUGGAUGGUGAGUGUCGAACGGUUCUUGAGUUGGGUGUGAGGAUUAAAAUUAAUAAACACACAGCACACAGGAAACUUUUUAGAGGUCCAGACUCGACAAAAGGCAGACUGCUGUAGCAAGUCUCAAGUCUGCCUCCUCCUCUGCCUCUAGCCUUCUCACCACUUUAUUAUUUGAGGAGUUCCUUUAGCCAGUAAAACAUCUCAGAACAAUCGGUUAAUUUGCACAAGGAGCCUGAGGAAGAGGUGUAACCCUCACCAGCUAUCCCACCUGUUGUCACAAACAAAAGGAGAUGGACUUGCAAGUUCUCCUCUGCCAUUAGUAAAAGGCCUCCUAAAAGCCAUCUCUCUGCUGAGAUUUAAAUAUCAAAGCAGGCCAAUGAGUCUGGGCUCCUGACAGACACAGAGCCAGGAGAUCUGUUGAAGUAGGAACUCCAUUUAUUAAAUUAAGAAGCCCCUUUUAUAGGUUUGAUCAAGGGACAGGAUUAAGGAAGUGAGGUAAGAUAACGUAGAGGGUGAGGUUAAGUGGUGUAAGGUGAGGUGGGCCAGUGACAAAACUCCAUGUAACAGUUACCAAGCAGGGUUAAUUUUAAGGCGGAUAUGCUGAAUCACUUUUGCCUGGAAGUGGCGCCUCUUAAAUCAGAAGCUAAAGACAGGUCUCCAAACUUGAGCCAGGCUCAGGUAGAUGCAGCAGGCCUUAUCAGGCCCAACAGAACAGCAUAGGGUUCUAAAGCAGAUAAUUUUGUUCAAUGUCUGUAGGUCCCCUGUGGGGACUUAGAAUGUUCAUAGCAUUAAUCCUUGGCAAUCUUCAUUGGUGUUAUCAAAACCCAGGUGUUUUAAUGUUACCCCUUGAAUUUGUUGUCCUUUUACCUGUUAAUAGCACCUUUGAGUCUUCCUAUGAAAUCAGCCUAAGGCUCAGAAGGACCUUGUAUGAUUUUUACAUGAGUAGAACUGUAGUCAGGUUUGAGGGUGCCAUGUGUAGCUGAGAUCACCAUGGGUGUGUUGAGGGGAUGGCUCACUGCAUGGCAGAGUCCCUUUAAGCUUUUAGCUGUAUGGCAGAGAUCCCUGUGAUUGCUUAGAGCCAUGUCUGGCCCUUGGUCUCUCUUGGUCUUCUUGUUGUUGCUCCUGGGGUUUUCAUGGUGAUCAGGAAAAUAAUGAGGGCAGGUUAUGGGGGAAUGGAGAAUGAUUCCCUCAGGGAGGAAAACUAUGUGACUAGAUGAAAGUUCAACACCUCUUUCACUCCUACUCAGCCUGAGUCUCUGACUACCCCAAAUGCUUUAAGAAAUGUUACUUUAUCUGAACCCACUAAAGGUUCUUUAAUGUGUCCUGGUGAUUGUAUUCUGAGAGGCACUGAUCCCAGGAAACAUUUUUUGGAUAAAUGGUAUGAGGGACUUAGUGGUACACUAGACACAGGAAGCUGGAAGAUCUCUGAUUACCUGGAGCAAGGCUUAAAGUCUACACUUGUGCCUAGAAUAGCUGGUGCAAGAUCAAAGGGGCAGGGGGAAGGUAUGCUUACAAUUAAUUAUAAAAUUGCUUGCAGUUAGGUCUUAGUUUCCAGACUAUGCAGACUACUGAUUGGCAGGAAGAACUUGGUAUGCACCCAGAGGAAAGAAUUCUGUUAAAAGUGGAAUUGUCUUGACUCCCUCUCUGCCAUAUACAGGGGAACGCACAGAAGGAGUUAGGAUAGUACAGCAUCAUGGAAAAGGAGUAGAAUAUAACCAUCUUCCUUUGGGAAUGUACGAGCAGAGCAGGGCUGGCUUGUAGACCUAAGGUACAGAGGAAUGUGCUUCAGAAUGAAUGCUUAGUGUGCUAGAAUAGGGAGCAGCUUGUGCAUUAGGCCUCUUAAAGAAUAGAAUAACUCUGAGAUUUGUUUCUCAAGACUCGGAGUCUGGCAGGUUAUGCCCCGAAAGGGCAGUCUGACAAAAUAUCUUAACUAGUACAGAAAGACUUAGUCAUUUGCUAACCUCAGGGGCCAGCUGUUUCCUGCCAGACCUGCUGAGAGGGGUGGAGCUCUUUAAAUGUAGGGUUGAUGGCCUGUGAGUAACUUUUGUUCCCUGGACAUGGAAGGAAGAAGUGGGAAUCAUUGUGAGGCAGUCUUGAAAGUUCUUGGAAAUUGGUUAUGUAAAGCCAAGCUGCACAGACUUUGCUGCACAAAAUGGUUUUAUUAGUGAAAAGAAAAUGAAAGAUGUUCUUUGUGUGAGAAGGCAGAGAGUGUGUGAUCAGCAUGUCCCUGUGUGUCUCCAUUUCUCCCUUGGAGACCCCGCACUUCCUCAGAAACUGAAUCCUGCUGGAGCUGGACUCUGGCAUCAGAUCCUGUAUCAGCUUUCCUCCAGGCAGCCUUGGCUAUGUCCCUCACAUGCAGGAGGGCCGCAGCAGCUCUACUAUGCAACUGAUGACUUAUUGGUACCCAUCUCCACCCUGUCAGCAUUGCAGCAUUCCCAGGAUUAUGCCUUGGUCCUAGUUGUCAACCUUCUGCAUUCAUUUCAUUACACACCGCAUCAAGCACUGAAAUAAUUAGGAAGGGUUAAGAACAAUUUUAGAAAUUGUGUGACAGUUAUAUGGCAGCCAUUGUGCAUCAUUGCUCCAACAAAAAACACAUUCAUAACACUGUGGACCUGUAGGUGCAAAGGAAGAAUAAGCCCUUUUCAAAUCUUUCAUUUUGUCUAUGUCUAAUCCCUGAUUCAUGUUUGGAUUUUGCUCAAAUUGUACAGGAAAUACCAACCACACCUCACAAGGCUGGAGAAUGGUUGGUAAACAGUUCCUCUUCCCCGCCAUGACAGAGUUUGCAGAGAUUGUAAGGUCAGCUUUCUCAUCAAAGAGUGGAGAAGAUUCAAGAUUAUAGUGAUAUCCAAUUCCUCAUCUUAUGCUUCUGGGUCCUUUUCAGGCAAUAGAGGAUACAGAUAUUUGAAGGAGGCUUCAGCAGGGACAAUGAGGGAACCAUCAGCUGGCAGAGCUCUCAGAGGCACCAUUUUUACCUUUAAUUUUGCCUAAGUUGGAGAAAUCUUUUUUUUUCUUAAACCAAUUUCAAAAUGUGAGCAUUUUAUGUUAACUCAAGUUAGUAUAACUCAUUUCUUCCUCAGGAUUGAUAUUCUUCUCUUCCUAAAGUAUUUUGAUAGCAAUCUGAAUUAAUGUCCAGGUGACCCAAAUUGAACAGGGACAUUUUCUGGUUUAUGUGCCUUUUCAGUGUUCUAUCAGACCCUCUUCCAUACUUCUUUUCCUAAAGUUCCUUUUUCUGGAAACCAGGAGUUAUAAUCAUAAACAACUUGCAAGCAA